GCACCUUCGGGCAGAAAUUUGUAGGACGGUUGUUGGCACUGCUAUUUCAGUGCAAGCAUCCGAGCCCGGGGAAGACUUUGUGCACCCAGAGACAGUUAACGCGGUCACUUCCACGCGCUUACUGAAACAAUUUUCGAAGGCGGCUCAGGGACGUCCAGCUACUUCGAGUGUUCAAACGGCACAAAUCGCAUCAUGGUCGCAACUACAGAGGUCGCUGUCCCGGCUUCAGUUGUCAGUACCGAGGAGACCAAGACCGUCCUGGCUCUCAUGAAGAGGCUGUCCAUCUCAGCAGAGGAUGCUGAGCGCACAGCCGCCAUCUCAGAAGUGGUCGCCCUUGUCAAAAAAGGGGGUGUAGCUGGCCUGAAGGCUGGUGGACUUGUGGACCGCCUGGCAGAGGCAGCCAACAGCACCACAGACCCUCUGGCCCGCCAGGGAGCCUUCGAGACCUACACCGCCCUCAUCAAGGAGAUCGGCACCCCAGUCGAGCCCUUCGUGGCCCUUGUCCUGGCCACCAUCCUUGAGAAGUGCUCCGACAAGGUGACGCCGGUGCGUGAGGCCGCCAGCGCGACGCGCAAGGCCUUCACAUCCCUGCUGAAUGAGCAGGCGAUCAAGGUGGUGCUGCCAGAGCUGCUGGCCGCGCUCGACACCAAGAAGAACUGGCAGACCAAGAACGCUGCCCUGGCCUGCCUGGGCGAGCUGACCAAGCGCUGCCCCAGCCAGGUCUCCAAGUGCCUGCCUGACAUUAUCCCCGCCGUCUCUGCCGUCAUGGGAGACGCCAAGCCCCAAGUCAAGACCGCCGCGACCAAGGCGAUGAAGGAGGUGUGCGCGGUGGUGGGCAACCGCGACAUCGAGCCCUUCAUCCCCGUCAUGGUUUCCUGCAUCGCGCGGCCGACCGAGGUGCCCGACUGCGUCCACAAGCUGGGCGCGACCACCUUCGUGCAGGCUGUGGAGGCCCCUGCGCUGUCCAUCAUGACCCCGCUGCUCAUCCGCGGCCUCAAGGAGCGUGCCACCGCCGUCAAGCGCAAGGCCGCGCUCAUCAUCGACAACAUGGCCAAGCUGGUGGACAACCCGAACGAUGCUGCUGUGUUUCUGCCGCGUCUGCUGCCCGGCCUGGAGAAGGUGAGCCAGGAGGUACCCGACCCGGAGUGCCGCACCGUGGCCUCCAAGGCCCGCGACACCCUGCUCAGCCUCGUGCAGGACCCCGCCGCCACCGCUCCCGCCGAGGCCCACGAUUUCAAGGUGGUGCUGCCGGUGCUGAAGGACCUGGAGGCGAAGCACAGCAAUGCUGCCAUGGCCGAGGUGCCCUCUGCCAUCGCAUCGACCACCCUCGAGUACGUGGCAGCGCUCUGCUCCACCCUCAUCUGGGUCAAGAACUUCGAGAUCGAGGACUGGCAGAAGUGUGUGGUGCCUUACCUGUCCGAGUUCAUGGAAGCAGCCGCCGUCGAGAAGGUGUGCGCCGAGUUCCUGGACAAGUCCUACAUGGUCACCCAGGACAAGGCCCACGACGAGGUUGAGGAGGAAGAAGGAGUUGACCUGUGCGACUGCGAGUUCUCGCUCGCAUAUGGUGCCAAGAUCCUGCUCAACAACACCCGCCUCCGCCUCAAGAAGGGCCGCCGCUACGGUCUUUGCGGCCCCAACGGUGCCGGCAAGUCGACGCUGAUGCGCGCGAUCGCCAACGGCCAGGUGGACGGCUUCCCGCCCAAGGAGGAGCUGCGCACGGUCUACGUGGAGCACGACAUCGACGCUGAGCUGUCCGACAUCUCCGUCGUGGACUAUGUGUUUGCCGACCCCGUGCUCAAGGGCGAGGUCACUCUGCCCCAGGUGACGGAGACCCUCGGCUCCGUGGGCUUCACCGAGAACAUGCAGAACUCCCCCGUCGCCUCCCUCUCCGGUGGCUGGAAGAUGAAGCUCGCUCUGGCCCGCGCCAUGCUGCAGCGUGCCGAGAUCAUGCUCCUGGAUGAGCCGACCAAUCACUUGGAUGUCAAGAACGUGGCGUGGCUGGUCAACUACCUGACCACCCUCACCGACGUGACCUCCGUCAUCGUGUCUCACGACUCCGGCUUCCUGGACAACGUCUGCCAGUCCAUCAUCCACUACGAGAACCGCAAGCUCAAGAUCUACAAGGGCAACCUGAGCGAGUUUGUGAAGAAGAAGCCCGAGGCGCGCUCCUACUACGAGCUGGCCUCCACCCAGGGCCUCUCCUUCGUGCUGCCCGAGCCUGGCUUCCUGGAGGGCGUCAAGACCAAGGACCGACCUAUCCUCAAGAUGCACAACGUCGCCUACAAGUACCCCACCGCCGAGAAGAACACUCUGGAGGACAUCAGCCUGUUCUGCACGCUCAACAGCCGCGUGGCAGUGCUGGGCCCCAACGGUGCCGGCAAAUCCACCAUGAUCAAGGUGCUGACCGGCGAGCUGGAGCCCACUGGCGGGUCCGUCUGGAAGCACCCCAACAUGCGCAUCGCCUACGUCGCGCAGCACGCCUUCCACCACAUUGAGCAGCACCUGGAGAAGACUCCCAACGAGUACAUCCGCUGGCGUUACGCGAUCGGCGAGGAUCGCGAGAACCUGACCAAGGUGACCCGCCAGAUCAGCGCGGAGGAGGCCGAGAAGAUGGCCGCCCAGCACAAGAUGGAGGACGGCACCAAGCGCGUGCUGGACAAGCUGGUCUCACGUCGCAAGAUGAAGAAGAGCUACGAGUACGAGGUCCAGUGGAAGAACUGCACCCCCGACCAGAACACCUACAUCGUCCGCGACAAGCUGGUGGACAUGGGCUUUGAGAAGUUGGUGAACGAGCUGGACGUGAAGGAGGCUGCCCGCCUGGGCAUGCACACUCGCCCGCUGACAACCGCCCAGGUGCAGCAGCACCUGCAGGACCUGGGCAUCGACCCCGAGUUCGGCACCCACUCCCACAUCCGCGGCCUCUCCGGUGGUCAGAAGGUCAAGGUGGUGCUGGCUGCUGCCAUGUGGAACUCCCCCCACAUGCUGGUGCUGGAUGAGCCCACCAACUACCUGGACCGCGAGUCCCUCGGCGCCCUCGCCGCCGCCAUCAAGACAUACGGCGGCGGUGUCGUUAUGAUUUCCCACCACUCUGAGUUCACAAGCGCGCUGUGCCCGGAGAAGUGGACGAUGGAGGCCGGCCGACUGCACGUGACGGGCCAGAACCCGGCGGCAGCCAAUGUCAAGCUGGAGUGGAAGCCUGAGGAGGAGACCGUUGACGCCUUUGGCAACAUUGUCAAGAUCAAGCAGCAGAAGAAGACGCUGAACAACAAGGAGAAGAAGAAGGCCAAGAAGCUGCGUGACGCCCGCCGCGCGCGCGGAGAGGAGGUUUCCGACUCCGAGGACGAGGAGUGAGCUGGCGCUGACCUGGCAUCCAUGCCACGUCAGCUCGCCUGAUCAGGACCGUUUGCUCGUGUCAAUGUAUGCCAUGAACUCGCUGGCACCGCAGCACUGGUUGAUUUCUUUGCUGGGUUGGGAUUUGUUCGGAGAAUUAAAGACAAGACAAGAGUAAGGGGUUGCAAUUGCUCCUGCCAGGACUCUGGGUGCUGUUGCUGUGAUAGGCUUCGGCCCCGUUUGCAAGACCUGUGCGGGAGGCAGGCAGCCGUCAGAUGUCUUUUAGCUUUCCUGACGUCUGCCGCCAAUCCACCAAGAUGCCCUUGCUCCGAGGAUUUUCCGACGCAAGGGUUGGCGAUCGUCGGAUGACUUUUAGAUUUCCCGACGGUCGUAUGCUGUGCGCGCACGUGUUUAUGCGCUGCCGCUCGGUUCACCCCAACCCCUUGACUCACCGGGGGUGCAAGACAAAAGUUGUGUUCAGUCUGUCAUUUCAUCCCUUGCAUAACGUCUUGCUAAGCAAUAUAGCAUAAAGAGUCUGUUUUGCUCCUGGCCCCGUGCCUCGAGUAGGCUCCCAAACGCUUUGCAGAGUUGGCUGCAUCUAGGUUGCCAGGUAGAGCUACCAUUGAUUAAUCUUAUUGCACAAAGUGCUCCAAUUCUUUGUGCACGCUGGCUAGCAGCGUGCUGCAAUUUGUUAGAUGUGAGAGCAGCCCUGCAUGCAUGCAUGGGGGCUUGCCUUCAGGUAGUUCUGGUUGUCAUUGACUAGAAUUCAUUCAUGCUUCAGCCGGCACCCGCUGGAGAAGCCGCCUUCCAAACGCACUAGAUCACUGGAGAGUAGGACCUCAGGAUUGUCUUAGGCGAGUGCAGUGUUGCCAACGUGCAUGCCUGUACCACACAAGGUGCCUCACCAUUCUGUAAUCACAUUUCAGUCAUCA